UGCCUCACUCAGCAAACACGCAGCUUGCUCUCGCCAUGCACCUCGCCUGUCUCAUCCUCACCGUCUUCCUGGGACAGCUCCUGGGCACCAUGGGGCAGGUCACGGUCACCCAGGAAAAUGGACCAGUCAUGGUGAAGCAGGGACACCCCUUCCAGACCACCUGCAAAUACCAGACCAGUUAUCUUCCUUCAUUGUUCUGGUACCAGCAGCAGAAAGGCCAAGCCCCACAGCUGGUCUCCUAUCAAGCAGUGCCUGGCUCCAAGCACAAUGGCCGUAUCACCACGCACCUGAACACCACGGGGAAAUCCAGUGUCCUGCGGGUGGAGGAAGUGCAGGGCUCUGACACUGCCUUGUACCUCUGUGCUCUAACUCCCUCAGACUUUUCAGAGCUCACCUUUGGCUCGGGGACCCGACUGUCCAUCCUGCCCGAAGUGACUCCAUCUCCCUCCGUCUACAGGCUGACCUCUAAAGAUGACCAGGACCUGGAGAUGUGCCUUAUCACAGAUUACUCCCCCGAAAAGCUCACUCUUAACACUGCUGAGCAGCACACGUCCGCUGUCGUGGGGGUGGCAACUCCAGAGAACAGUGAGGAAUCCAGCUACCUGUCCACCUUCUGGGCCAGGAGAGAUCAGCUGCAGUGUGCUGCCAGUCACGAGGGCUUUGGAGAGCUGGAGGGCGAGGACCCUGAGAGUGGUGCCAGCGCUGUCUGUGUCACAGGGCUGUCCCUACACUUCAGGACAGAUGAACACUUGAACACACUGUCUUUAUCACAGCUGGGCCUCAAAAUAGUCUUAAUGAAAGGAAUAAUUUUUAAUGUGCUGAUGACAAUGCUUCUGUGGAAGAAAAAAAAGGACUGAGAGUAACCGGGUGGUGCAGUCCUGAAGUACCCAAACCAUCUGCUUUGAGAGAGCACCGUGAGCAAGAGGGAGCACAGGGAUAUUCCUUGUGCAAGGGACAUCACUUGCUGUUCUUAUAAAUCACACCAGCCAUUAUAUUCUAAAAUUCUUUAUUUUCACUGCUUUAAGACUGCUCAAAACGAGACGUUUCCAGCAUCCUGCCCUCCAGAUGCCUGGGUCAUUCACCAUACACUGCCUCUUUUGCAUGAAGCAGACUUUGCUGUAAUUAUAC